AUGGGCAUAUUUGGCUCUACCGAAAGGCCCCCACCUUCGUCGCCCCCAGAUCCUUCCAAGCUUGCUUUGAGGCCUGAGGAAAAUAAAAGCCUUACUCUUCCCGAUGGCCGUAGCCUUGGUUUUGCGACAUACGGCUCGACAAGCCCUUCAGAUCCAGCCAUUUUUUUGUUUCAUGGCAUGCCUGGAUGUCGACUCGUAGGCCGAAGUUGGAACAAGCUCUGCAAAGACAUCGGCGCCCGCCUAAUCACCAUCGACCGCCCCGGUAACGGUCUAUCUACGUUAGCUAAUCGGAGUUUGCAAGAAUGGCCUGAAGACGUCCUAAGCGUGGCGGACCACCUUAACAUCAGUCGUUUCAGUAUCGUAGGCGGUAGUGCAGGAGGCCCUUUCGCGCUGGCAUGCGCGCGUUUCAUUCCUAAAGAACGACUGCGAGGCACUACCGUGGUGUGUGGUAUUGCGCCGAUCGAAGCUUUCUUAGACACAACGCCCUACCUAUCCUGGCGUUUGGGAGGCUUCACGCCUUGGGCCGUCAAGCUCGCUGCGCGAUAUAUGAUCCUACCAUCUCUUCUUUCGCCGUAUCGCGACCUGGAUCCGUCACGGCUCAAACGUACGCUAGAGGAUCAGUGCCAAACACCGGAAGAGAAAGAGUUCCUAAAACCGGAUCCGAGUAGAGAGACGGACCUCGAUGAUGCGGUGGCAGGGCUUCUGGAAACUUUCAAACAGGGAAAGGGAGGCUUCAUUCAAGAUGGGAGCAUCACCUGUCGAGAUUGGGGAUUUGAUUUGAAAGAUAUCGACAGUGAAAAAGUAUGGCUGUGGCAUGGGGACAAGGAUCCCGUCGCGCCCGUUGCCACAGCAAGAUGGAUCGAUGAGCGGUUGGGUGGUGGGAGGCUGAAAGUACUGGAAGGAGGAACGCACUCCACAAUAUGGAAACAUCAUGAGAAAGAUAUAUUCCAGCAAAGCGCCGAGGCAUAG